AUGCAAUGCGACUUGCGAAGUGUGGUAGCGGGUCGAGAUGUGGGAGGUUAUCAGUGGCGGGUGGUGGUAGUAGCUAGCAUAGGGGAUGGCGAGGUGUGGAAGUUCUUUUUGCAGGGUUGCUUGAUGGUAGUUCUUUUGAGCAUUUGUUACAUUUUGGCUAGCCCGAAAACCACUAGCGCAGCCAAAUUCGACGUAACAUCUUAUGGCGCAAAAGGAGAUAGGAAGACGGACGAUACCAAUGCUUUCCUUGAUGCAUGGGCUGACUUAUGUAAAUCUAAAUCGCCAAAGCCGACAUUGAUCAUUCCUUCAAAGAAGACGUUUUUAGUCGGCCCUGUCGAAUUCAGUGGUUCAUGCGAGUCCUCUACGAUACACGUCAAGAUUAUGGGCAACAUCGUAGCACCAAAGACAAUGAAAGGAUGGAAAAAUUGUGUAGAAAAUCGAUUUUGGAUAGUUUUCACAAUGGUGCAAGGGCUCACAAUCGAUGGACCUGGCCAAAUCGAUGGUCAGGGAUCGCUCUGGUGGGGACAGACGGAAUUAUCCAAUAUGUGUGAGCGCCCAACGGCGCUACAUUUCCAUGAAUGCAAUGGGCUUCGUCUAAGUGGCACAACACAUCUCAACAGCCCAUUUCUUCAUAUUAGCAUUGUUAAUUGCCAAGAUGUAGAUAUCGGAAAUCUUCAAAUUAUAGCACCAGAAAACAGCCCAAAUACUGAUGGAAUCGACAUCAGUGCUUCAUCUUAUAUUAAUAUUCAUGACUCUCACAUUGGGACUGGUGAUGAUUGUGUGGCUAUUAACGGUGGCAUAUAUAAUAUCAAUGUAACAAGGGUGUUUUGCGGACCUGGCCACGGCAUAAGUAUCGGAAGCCUUGGGGAAAAUGGUGGUUACGACACAGUCGAAAAAGUACGUGUAGAAAAUUGUAACAUCACCCGGACAAAGAAUGGAUUACGAAUCAAGACAGUGCCGGGUGGAACGGGGUAUGCUAAGGGGAUUGUAUAUCAAGACAUUCAUUUGGUAAAUGUCGAAAACCCAAUCAUAAUCGAUCAACAUUACUGCUCCAAUUAUGAAGACGCUUUUUGCCCUGCACCGCCACAUGAACCAGCAGUACAAGUCAGCGAUGUUUCGUAUACGAAUAUACAUGGGUCAUCAGCGUCUCAGCAAGCGAUUACUUUUGACUGCAGCGGCAAGUUUAAGUGUACGGGACUGUCUACAUGGAACGUCGGAAUUACUGGACCAGCAGGCGAUAUUGCUUACUGCAAAAAUGCUCAAGGGAAAUUUGUUUCUACUAGCCCAAGAGUUAGAUGCCAUUAG